AUGACCUCCGCUGGGCAGAGCUUCGGCUGGACGGCUCAACUCUUUAGCUCCAACAGUACCCUGGACGUCCUGGUGAUAGUUUUGUACUUCCUGUUGGUUCUGGGCAUUGCGCUGUGGGUUAUCGUGUCAAGCAGUCGUGCGACAGUAGAAGACUUCUUCCUGGCUGGACGAAACCUGGUGUGGUGGCAGAUAGGUGCUUUUCUUUUUGCCUCAAAUAUUGGCACUGGCCACUUUAUGGGUCUGGCUGGAAAAGGGGCGUCUUCAGGGAUUGCUGUCGGGACCUUCGAGUGGAACGCUGCAUUUAUCCUCUGUGUUCUUGGUUGGGUGUUUUCUCCUGUUUACAUUAAGUCUGGGGUAGUGACGCUGCCCAGAUACUUGAGGAAGAGGUUUGGUGGCUACCGGAUCCAGUUCCUCCUGGCUAUUCUGUACUUACUCAUCUAUAUCUUCAGUAAGAUCUCGGUGGAGAUCUGCACAGGCGCCGUGUUUAUGAGGUUGGUUCUGGGGCUGGAUGUUUACCUGGCCACCGUGAUCUUGCUGUCUGUUACCGGCAUAUAUUCCAUCACAGGUGGUUUUGCAGCCGUGGUUUACACUGAUAUCUUACACGCCAGCUUCGUGGUUCUGGGCUCUGUCUUGUUAAUGGGCUAUGCCUUUAAUGAGAUAGGCGGAUACCAGGAGCUGCAGAGCAGGUACCCGGAGGCCAAGCCAGCCCUCACCUGGGAAGGGAACUGGACUGCCCCGAUGGAGUGCCUCAUGCCACGCGUGGACGCCUUCCAUAUCUUCCGAGACCCCGUCACUGGAGACAUUCCCUGGCCUGGGACCGUCUUUGGCCUCUCCGUCAUCUCCUUGUACUACUGGUGCACCGACCAGAUUUUUGUCCAGGGCUGCCUGGCGGGGAAGAACUUGUCCCAUGUGAAAGGCGGCUGCGUCCUGUGCGGGUUCCUGAAGCUGUUGCCCAUGUUCAGCAUCGUCAUGCCGGGAAUGAUCAGCCGCGUCCUGUACACAGAUAAGGUGGCGUGUGUUGUGCCUUCAGAGUGUAAGAAGUACUGUGGCAUCCGCGCCAGUUGCACCGCCAUCGCCUACCCCCUGCUGGUGGCAGAGCUGCUGCCCAGCGGCGUUCGAGGCUUGGUGGUGUCUGCCCUCUGGGCCUCUCUCAUGUCCUCGCUGACUGCCGUUUACAGUAGUGCCAGCGCCGUGUUCACCAUGGACAUCUACCCCCGUAUCCGGCCAACAGCCACUAAAAAGGAACUCAUGAUAACAGGAAGGUUUUUUGUCAUCGUCUUACUUGCUGUCUCCAUUGCCUGGGUCCCUGCCCUGCAAGUGGCCCACAGGGAGCUGCUCUUUGAAUACAUGCACACGGUUCUGAGCUACCUGACGCCACCCGUGGCUGCCAUGUUCCUGCUGGCCAUAUUCUGCAAGAGAGUCACUGAGCAGGGUGCCUUCUGGGGGCUGGCCAGCGGCCUUGUGAUCGGCUCCUGCCGCAUGGUGUCCGAGUUUGCCUACGGGCCCUGGACCUGCUCCGUGAACAGGAAGUGCCCCCGGAUCAUCUGCGGCGUGCACUACCUCUACUUCGCCAUGAUCCUCUUCGCCAUCAGUCUCGUCACCGUCCUGGGCAUCUCCAUGUUCACCGUGCCGAUUCCAGACAAACACCUCCACCGCCUCUGUUGGAGUUUACGGAACAGCCAGGAGGAAAGGGUGGACCUGGACGAGGACGCAGAGGUGAAGAUCCCUGAGCCCCAGGCACAGCCAGACGUGCUCAUAGAGGCCAAGGGCUGCCUCUGGAAGGCCUGGGAUGUGUUCUGUGGCCUGGAGUUGCUGCCCAGCCCCAAGCUGGCCCCGGAAGAGGUGGUCGUGCCUGAGACCGAGCAGAAUGACAUGCCGGAGGGGACAGAGGAGAGAGAGGCGCCGCAGAAGCAGCCCUUCUGGAACACAGUGCUCGGCCUCUGCGGGAUCCUGCUGCUGUCACUCAUGGUGCUCUUCCACGUCUACUUCUACUAG